AUGUCUCGUCCUGGCACCACGCUAUACGUCACUGGCUUCGGCCAUGGCACCCGCGCUCGCGAUCUAGCCUACGAAUUCGAACGCUACGGCCGCCUGGUUCGAUGCGACAUUCCUGCACCGCGUACUCCGUCUAGCCGCCUUUUUGCCUUUGUGGAAUACGAAAGUCGCCGGGAUGCUGAUGACGCAUAUCACGAGAUGCACAACAAGAGAAUCGGUCGCGAUGAUUUAUUAAAGAUUGAAUGGGCUAGGACUCCCCCAUCUGCCUCCUGGCGUUUUGAUUCGGGCCGCGACCGCCGCCGCGACCGCACCCCUCCUCGCCGUGGUCGUUCUCCCUCACCUCGCCGUGCUCGUGGAGAGUACUCCCCACGCAAUGAUAGGUAUGAACGUGACUAUGACCGACAUGACCGUGACUACGAACGGCGUGACCGCGACUAUGAUCGCCGGGACCGCGACUACGACCGCCGAGACAGAGACCGCUCUCGUGAUCGUUCCCGCAGUCCCGAUGAGCGAGACCGCGACCUCAAGGAUGAUCGGGAGAGGCGUGACGACGACCGCGAGCGACGCGAUGAAGAGCGUGAGAACGGUCCAAAUGGUGAAGAUAGGAAAGCUCCGCUCGAGCCCUUGACGUCUGCUCAUGACGAACUUGAUACUGCUGAGUAG